GAUGGUGUUCUCCUUAUCACUAGACCAAAUGUAGCUUCUCGUAAUAAAUCCAUUUUUUUUUGUAAAAACAACUUCCGUAUAUCUACUAAAGCUGACGUGGAAAAUUAGAUAAGUUUGUAGAUACUGCUCAGCGAAGAUUUUGGUAGUUGAAGAAUGAAAGGGCAAUCUUACAAAUCUCUUUACUUUUCAAAUUUAGCAGUUAAGUUCUUAAGUACAAUUGAAUGGUUUUUUUUUUUUUUUUUUUUUUUUUUUUAAGUAGUUGGGUCUAAUUGUAUAAAUAAAAUCGUGUCUGCUUAAACUCUCCAAUAAUAGUUGCAUAUUUUUAUUGAAAUAAAAUUGCAUUGGACAUAGCUGGCAUUAUUAUUAUCCUUUCCCUUUCCCAGGAUAGUAAUAGUUGUUGCCACAUUAUUAAUCAUAGAAAUACCAACAAUUUAUAUUAUAUUAUAUUGUACUAUAGUGUAAUAAUCAUUGUUAAAUCUGUUUCUGGGAUUUCCAGAUUCAGAAUUUUAGCUACAAAAUUGAAGAAGAAAAGCUGCAGAAAGUUUAAUCUUUCUUCAAUAAUGGUGGAUUAUCGAAAGAUACUGUUUGGUUGGUGUUUGAUCAAUGUGUUGUUUAUCUGGAGUUAUACCUCGAGAGCGAGGUCAACGGCAAUGGCCGAAUCAUUUAUGAAAUACAAAGAUAAAAAUCAAGCAGUUGAGGUUCGAGUUCAAGACCUUCUUAGUAGAAUGACUUUGCAAGAGAAGAUUGGUCAGAUGACUCAAAUCGAUCGUUCUGUUGCUUCUUUUGAAGUCAUGAAGAAUUACUCUAUAGGGAGUACGUUGAGUGGGGGAGAAAGUGUGCCUUUUCGAGGAGCAACAGCUCGAGAUUGGAUAAACAUAAUCAAUGAAUUCCAGGAAGGUGCCUUGGCUAGUCGUCUGGGGAUACCAAUGUUUUAUGGAAUAGAUGCUAUUCAUGGCAAUGCCAUUGUCUACAAUGCCACUGUAUUCCCCCAUAACAUUGGUCUUGGAGCUGCUAGAGAUGCAGAACUUAUCAGGAAAAUUGGUGCCGCGACUGCUUUGGAAGUCAGAGCUACAGGGAUUUCAUACGCGUUUGCUCCUUGUAUAGCCGUCUGUAGAGAUCCAAGAUGGGGCCGUUGCUACGAAAGUUACAGUGAGGAUCCUCAGAUUGUGCAGGAGAUGACAGAUAUAAUCUAUGGUUUACAGGGCGAAAAUCCUAUAAAGGGCAUACCUUAUGUUGGAGGAAGGGACAAAGUAAUAGCUUGUGCUAAGCAUUAUGUGGGUGAUGGAGGGACAACUAAUGGCAUUGAUGAGAGUAACACAGUUAUAGAUGCAGCUGGGUUGUUUAAAAUUCACAUGCCUGCCUACCUUGAUGCAAUUAACAAAGGUGUAUCGACGAUCAUGGUCUCUUUUUCUAGUUUGAAUGGAAAAAAGAUGCAUGCUAAUCGGGAUUUAAUCACUGGUUAUCUCAAGAACACACUCCAAUUCAAGGGGAUUGUUAUCUCAGAUUGGGAGGGACUUGAUAGGAUGACUACUCCAAAUAAUGCCAACUUUACAAACUCUGUCUUGGCUGGAAUUCGAGCUGGAUUAGACAUGGUUAUGCUCCCCUACAAUUAUACUGAAUUCAUGGACAUACUUACCAACCUGGUUAAGAAUGACUAUGUUCCUAUGGAACGCAUUGAUGAUGCUGUGAGGAGAAUUUUGCGUGUCAAGUUUAUUAUGGGUCUAUUCGAAAACCCUAUGGCUGAUUUUAGUCUUAUUAAUGAGCUAGGAAGCCAGGCUCACAGAAACUUGGCAAGAGAGGCAGUAAGAAAAUCUCUUGUACUGCUAAAGAAUGGUAAAGAAGGAGAUAGCCCAUUACUACCCCUUCCUAAAAGAACAUCAAAGAUACUAGUAGCUGGUACCCAUGCUCAUAAUUUAGGUUAUCAAUGUGGUGGAUGGACAAUUAGUUGGCAAGGAUUUCUGGAUAAUAAUGAAAAUAGAGGAACUACUAUUCUGAAUGCUGUAAGAUCAGCUGUCCACCCAAGUACAGAAGUUGUAUACAAGGAGGAGCCGGAUAAAGAAUUCGUGAACUCCAACAAUUUCACUUAUGCCAUCAUUGUAGCUGGUGAGCCCUCCUAUGCAGAAUGGCAUGGAGAUAGCCAGACACUCACGAUGACUGAACCAGGCCCUGCAAUUAUCAGCAAUGUCUGCAAGUCCAUCAAGUGUGUUGUCGUUGUUAUCUCUGGCCGCCCCAUUGUCAUUGAGCCUUACAUGGACUCCAUCGAUGCCUUAGUUGCUGCCUGGUUGCCUGGUACAGAAGGUCAAGGAGUUACUGAUAUGCUAUUUGGUGACUAUGAGUUCACAGGAAAACUACCACGGACGUGGUUCAGAACAGUCGAUCAACUGCCCAUGAAUGUUGGAGAUCUGCACUAUGAUCCUCUUUUCCCUUUUGGAUAUGGCCUAACAACUAACAAUAUACGCUUAUCAGUUACUAAGUCUGAGAUUCAAUAUGAAUGAUAAGAAUCCUGAAUACUUGGCAAAAAAAUCUACUAUCUCGAAGAAGAGAAGCAUUACUAUACAGUCUAUACUCUGUACUGGUUUGGUUACACUUAGGCUAAUUGGCCAAGAAUACAAAGUCAAUGACAGGCUAUACAGACAUACAGAGACGAAAAAAAUAAAUUCUUUCUGCAUAUCUAAUUUCACAUGUGUAUUGUGUAAUGCUGAAGAUUGCAUUUUAAAAAAAUAAAGAAGAACAUGCACAUUAUCUUC